CGUCUCCUGUCAUUCCGUCGYACCACCACCCUGGCCACAGCAGAGGACUAUUUUCUCUCAUCGGUGCCCUCUCGAAGAGCUGAUUCUGCUCUACAAUGGGGAACAAAGACGACGAAUAUGAUUUCCUAUUCAAGGUGGUUCUAAUUGGAGACUCAGGUGUGGGGAAGAGUAACCUGCUGUCCCGAUUCACAAGAAAUGAGUUCAACUUGGAGAGCAAGAGCACCAUCGGGGUGGAGUUCGCCACCCGCAGCAUCCAGGUGGACGGAAAGACGAUCAAAGCUCAGAUCUGGGACACAGCGGGACAGGAGCGCUACAGAGCGAUCACCUCAGCGUAUUAUCGAGGGGCAGUCGGCGCCCUCCUAGUUUACGAUAUCGCCAAGCACCUGACGUAUGAGAACGUGGAGCGCUGGCUGAAGGAGCUGAGGGACCACGCUGACAACAACAUCGUCAUCAUGCUGGUGGGAAACAAAAGUGACCUCCGCCACCUCAGGGCCGUGCCCACCGAUGAGGCUCGAGCUUUCUCAGAGAAGAACACUCUGUCAUUUAUUGAAACAUCAGCGCUGGACUCCACAAAUGUAGAAGAGGCAUUCAAAACCAUUUUAACAGAAAUUUACCGCAUUGUGUCACAGAAACAGAUAGCAGACAGAUCUGCGCACGAUGAGUCUCUGGGUAACAACGUAGUAGACAUCAGCGUUCCACCAACCACCGACGGCCCGAAGGGCAACAAACUUCAGUGCUGUCAGAGCCUGUGACACGCCCUCUGAAGAACUCAUCCUCCUCUAUACUCAGCCCCAACGUCACACCACCUGUGCACUUUUUCUUCUUCCUGUUGCUUUGCUCAUGGCCAGCUCAACUUUUAUUUUAUCCUUGUUUUGUUUAUUCUUAUUUCUCAUUCUGCUUUCUAUAAGUACUUUUAAAGCCCAYCUGUGCUCGUCUCUCUUGUGAAGAGAAGAAGCUCAGAAGCCUUUCUGUCCGUGGAUCAGUUGAGUUGAUCCUGGAGUAAGUCUGAAGGUUCYUGCAAUGCAAGAACCGGACCGCCGCUGUCCUGACGUCUCGUCAUGGAGAGGGAGRUUGUGAAAUACAUUUCAAUGAUUGCCACUAGAUGGUGCUGUGUAACCGAACUAAAGUCAGAAACUUCAAUCUGGUGAAGCAGUAUUCUAUUUCUUACUUCCACCAUGCCAAUAAAAUCCUCACUAAGUAUUUAUUGAAGAAAGUUUGGCUUCAUUCUCGGUUUAAGAACUGUGUAAAUUUCCAAUAAAAUUCUUGACUGAAACA